AUGGAACCAGAGGAGAAGCAGCAUGAAGAUUUCAUCGCUGUCAUGCUGCUGGGCAAAAAGUGCUCCCUGAAGAAGUUUGGUGUUCCAAAUGGCUCCAAGAAAUCCCUCAUGAGGAACAAGAAAAAGCCGCAUCCCAAGGAACUCACUUUUCAGAAACCUGUGUGUUGCCCCUUCACAGGACCCAUCAUCACUCAGAAAAAGAGGAGGGCAGCCACUGCCCGUCGGCAGCACCUGAAGAGUGCUAUGCUCCAGCUUGCUGUCACUGAAAUAGAAAAGGAAGCAGCUGCUAAAGAAGUGGAGAAGCAAAACUACCUGGCAGAACAUUGCCCUCCUCUGUCACUCCCUGGAUCCAUGCAGGAACUGCAGGAGCUGUGCAAAAAGCUUCAUGCCAAGAUAGAGUCAGUGGAUGAGGAGAGGUAUGACACAGAGGUGAAGCUACAGAAGACUACAAAGGAGCUGGAAGACCUGAGCCAGAAGCUCUUUGACCUGCGUGGCAAGUUCAAGCGGCCGCCGCUGCGCCGGGUGCGCAUGUCGGCUGACGCCAUGCUGCGCGCCCUGCUGGGCUCCAAGCACAAGGUCUGCAUGGACCUCCGGGCCAACCUGAAGCAAGUGAAGAAGGAGGACACUGAGAAGGAGAAGGAUCUGCGUGAUGUCGGUGACUGGAGGAAGAACAUUGAGGAGAAGUCUGGCAUGGAGGGCAGAAAGAAGAUGUUUGAGGCUGGCGAGUCUUAA